CUUCCACCUUUGAACCGUCCAUUUCCAUAACAUCAAAUCCUCGUCUCAACGAGCUGCAAAGUUUAUAGUUUCAGGACAAGCACCACUAAAAUAAAACUAGCUGAAAUUAGGCCAUGUUGCACCAGUGUCGAAAUGAAGCGAAGAAAAGUAACCAAUUCUGCAUCAUGAAACAUUGGAAAGGGCUCAAAGUAAGUAGUGGGUCUAUUGUUCACAAUUAAACAUUUGCAAUGGCUACCCAAAUUCUUAAAACCCAUCAUGUCCUUUCCAGAACCCCAAAAGAACCCCUUAUUCCUUUGUAUUUCUUCUCCUCUUCCGCCUUCCCCGACACCACUUCUCCGCCGGCCGAUCAAUCCGACCCAAUCUCCACCGUCACCUCCAUCCUCACCCAUAAUCGCUCCAAGUCUCGCUGGUCCACCGUCCUCACUCUCUUCCCAUCCGGUUUCACCCCUUUCCAGUUCUCCCAAAUUACCCUCCAACUCAAAAACAAUCCCCACCUUGCCCUCCGCUUCUUCCUCUUCACCCAACACAAGUCCCUCUGUAACCACGACCUCUCCUCCUAUUCCACAAUAAUUCACAUCCUCUCUCGUGCUCGACUCAAAACCCGUGCCCGGGAACUCAUCCGCCUUGCAAUUCGGACCCCAGGUAUCGAUAAUGAACCCACUCAUUUCAAACUAUUUGAAUUGUUAGUUAAAACUUAUAAUCAGUGUGGUUCUGCCCCGUUUGUGUUCGAUUUGUUGGUAAAAUCUUGUUUGCAAAUGAAACGGCUUGAUGGGUCUAUUGAGAUUGUUAGAAUGUUAAUGUCUAGAAGGAUUAGCCCUCAGGUUUGUACUUGUAAUGCUUUGAUUUCUGAGGUUUCGAAAUGUUGUGGAGCAAGUAAGGGAUUUGAGGUUUAUAAAGAGGUUUUUGUAGUAGGUAAUGGUGAGAGUGAAAGUGAUGUGAAAAGGGUUUCAAAAGUCCGGCCAAAUGUGCAUACUUUUAACGCUUUGAUGCUCUGUUUUUACCGUGAAGGAUUGUUGGAGAAAGUGAGAGAGGUUUGGUGUGUAAUGGAGAGCUUAGGGUGUGUUCCAAAUAGUUAUAGUUACAGUGUUUUAAUGGCAGCUUUUUGUGAGGAAGGGAAGGUGAGAGAAGCAGAGGACUUGUGGGCGGAAAUGAAAGUUAAGGGAUUAGAGCCCGAUAUUGUGGCUUUUAAUACUUUGAUUGAUGGAUUAUGUAAAAGUGGAGAGAUUAUAAGAGCUGAAGAGUUGUUUACAGAAAUGGAAUUGAAUGGAAUAAAGGCAACUUGUGUUACUUAUGAGAAUCUUAUUAAUGGAUAUUGUAAAGCUGCAGAUAUCAAUUCAGCUAUGUUGAUAUACAGGGAUAUGUGUAGGAAAGAUUUUAGACCACAGAGUUUAACCGUGGAACUGUUGAUUAGAGGACUUUGUGAUGAAGGUAUGGUACUAGAAGCUCUUGAGAUAAUGAAGGCAAUGAGAGAAGUUGGUGUUUGCCCAACAGGGAUAAGUUAUGAACUUUUAAUAAAAGGUUUGUGUGUGGACGGAAAGAUGGAGGAAGCGCUAAAGCUUCAAGCAGAGAUGGUGGGGAAAGGGUUUAAGCUGAAUCUGGAGAUAUAUGAUGCUUUUAUAGAUGGUUAUUUAAGACAGGGAAAUGAGGAAAUGGUAACAAUGUUGAGAAAGGAGGUGUUAGAAACUCAUAAAGAGCAGGGGGGGAAUUAGAUGUCUACUGUUUUACUAGUUGGAGCAGACCUGUUUGAAUAGUGAUGGUCAAUUGUUGGGAGGAUGCUUUAGAAAUAUUGGUCAUGGUGCAAGGGAGGAUAUCUUAUUCUUUGUGCAAAAAGGAUGUAGUCUACUUUGAAGAUGGCUCUCUGAUAUAUUCAGUAAUAACAAACAUAGCAAUGUGGCCAUGAAGAUGGAGGCAGGUUGAGGUGCUAUCGUAAUUGAAGUAAUAAGCAGUCCAAGUAAGUAUUCCCAGUUUCAGAAUAGAUACAUGAUUGUGAUAAGAGUACUUGUAUGAAAUGCAAUACUGAUGCCAAGCUUUGUUUAUUAGAACAAGAAUAUAGAAAUAUAUUAAAUGAUUGAUCUAAGAAGGGAGCUCUAUGGUUGCAUUAUUGAUCUUCUUGGAAAGGCUGACAAGCUUUGACGAGGUAGUGAAGUUUAUUCAGGAAAUGGAAUGUAAACCAGAUACCCCGAAAUGGAAAACUUUGCUUAGUAUGUCUCACACCGAGAGCUCUAAAGAUAUAAGCUAAGUGCAUUAAUACCACGUUGAUUGAUUCAUGGAAUAAUGGGUUUGAAUCCUAUUUGAUUAUAAAAGACAUGAUGCAGCAAGUUCCUUGAAGGAAGAUAUGGUCCGUCCAAAGAUGAAAAGGGUGAAGGAAAGAACAUCCAAAGAGUCCGUCCUUUGUGGUUUACACUAAUGCAUACACCAAAUACAUAAAAAGUGUUCCCUGCCAAUUGAUAAAUGAGUCAAGCUACUUGUGUAUUCAGGCUCGACUAAAAGAAUGCGACUAGUUUGUUGUUGGCCAAGCUCAACUUUUGAAUACUCGAUUAACAUGUAAAGCCGAGUUUGAAAAGAUUUUAUUUUUAUUCUACAAGUACAGUUCAAAUGCCGCAACGUGCAUUUCUUCCA